CCGAUGGUGCCGCCGCCUCCUCCGAGCCGGAGAGGAGCGGCCAGCGUGCAGCUGGGCAGGAGCCUGGGGCCGCUGCUGCUGCUCCUGGCGCUGGGACACACGUGGAGCUACCGGGAGGAGGCCGAGGACGGCGACAGAGAAAUUUGCUCGGAAAACAAAAUAGCGACGACCAAAUACCCGUGUCUGAAGUCUUCGGGAGAGCUCACCACGUGUUUCAGGAAAAAGUGCUGCAAAGGGUAUAAAUUUGUUCUCGGACAGUGCAUCCCAGAAGACUACGAUGUGUGCGCUGAGGCGCCCUGUGAGCAGCAAUGCACCGACAACUUCGGCCGUGUGCUGUGCACCUGUUACCCAGGCUACCGAUACGACCGCGAGAGGCACCGCAAGAGGGAGAAGCCCUACUGCCUGGAUAUCGAUGAGUGCGCCACCAGCAACAAGACACUCUGUGCACACAUCUGUGUCAACACCCCGGGCAGCUACCGCUGUGAAUGCCGUGAGGGCUACGUCCGGGAGGACGACGGGCGGACGUGCACCAAAGGGGACAGAUACCCUAAUGACACAGGGCCCAACGAGCAAGCGGAGAAUGCAGCGCAGACCCAGACGUGCUGUGCCUCCUGCAAAGAGUUCCACCACAUGAAGCAGACGGUGCUGCAGCUGAAGCAGAAGAUUGCCCUGCUCCCCAAUAGUGCUGCUGAUCUGGGCAAGUACAUCAGUGGUGACAAGGUGCUGGCUUCGAACACCUACCUUCCUGGGCCACCUGGCCUGCCUGGAGGCCAGGGCCCCCCAGGCUCACCCGGACCAAAGGGGAGCCCCGGCUUUCCAGGAAUGCCAGGGCCCCCUGGACAGCCUGGCCCACGGGGCUCAAUGGGACCCAUGGGGCCAUCCCCUGACCUGUCCCACAUUAAGCAAGGCCGGAGGGGCCCUGUGGGUCCUCCCGGCGCGCCAGGAAGACACGGUUCUAAGGGGGAGCGAGGAGCACCAGGGCCCAGGGGGUCUCCAGGGCCGCCUGGAUCUUUUGACUUCCUGCUCCUGAUACUGGCCGAAAUCCGCAACGACAUCACCGAGCUGCAGGAAAAGGUCUUCGGGCACCCAACUCACUCUUCAGCUGAAGAGUUCCCUUUACCUCAGGAGUUUUCCAGCUAUCCAGAGACCAUGGACUUCGGCUCAGGAGAUGACUACCCAAAAAGAACAGAGACAAGAGCCUUGGGCACAUCUGGAGACUUGUAUCCUUAA